CUCUCAGGCCCGUCUUCCCCGGAAUGCCGUAUCGCCGCUUCCUCGUCCCUCGAACGGUGAAGGCGGUGGGGUGUUUCUUCCCUCACGAGGAUGGCGGCCGAGAUUAACGGGUCUUCCCCCGGCACUCUGCAGUCCAUCUGCUACGAGCGGGGAUCCCUUCGCCUUCUCGAUCAGACAAGGCUUCCCCUCGAAACUGUGUACUUGGAUAUCAAGGAUUCCUCCGAUGGAUGGACUGCAAUAAGGGAUAUGGUGGUCCGUGGUGCACCAGCAAUUGCAAUAGCGGCUGCACUUUCCCUAGCAAUUGAAGUUUUUAAUCUUGACUUUAGCGGGACACCAGAAGAUGCAGCUUCUUACCUCGCCAAGAAAUUAGAAUACCUUGUUUCUAGUCGACCAACUGCUGUGAAUCUUUCUGAUGCUGCAGAAAAGCUUCGAAGCCUCGUGCUAAAGAUAGCAGAGACAGCUAAUGAGGCACAAACUGUUUUUCAGGCUUAUGUUGAUGCUGCUGAAACUAUGCUUGUUGAUGAUGUUGCUGCCAAUAAAGCAAUUGGCUUUCAUGGAGCUAGUCAUCUCGGAUCACACCUAGAAAACAUGCAGAAAAUUUCUGUUUUAACACAUUGUAACACUGGAAGUCUUGCUACUGCUGGAUAUGGAACUGCAUUGGGUGUUAUCCGUGCCCUUCAGACCGAAGGAUGGUUAGAAAAAGCAUUCUGCACUGAAACACGACCUUUUAACCAGGGCUCCAGGCUCACUGCCUUUGAACUUGUUCACGACCAGAUUCCUGCAACCUUGAUUGCUGACUCUGCUGUGGCGGCUCUAAUGAAAGCAGGCGUUGUGAAUGCAGUUGUUGUUGGUGCUGAUCGUAUUGCUGCAAAUGGUGAUACGGCCAACAAAAUUGGAACCUACAGUGUGGCUCUCUCAGCAUAUCACCAUGGGAUACAAUUCUACGUUGCAGCACCCAUAACCUCUAUUGAUCUUUCGAUUUCUUCCGGAGAUCAAAUUGUUAUAGAGGAAAGAUCAGAAAAGGAGUUGCUGCAUUCUGAUGGAGGAAGAGGAAAGCAAGUCGCUGCUUCUGGGAUUUCAGUUUGGAAUCCGGCCUUCGACGUUACUCCAGCAAGACUUAUAACUGCCAUUUUUACUGAAAAGGGUGUCAUCCGAAAGUCUAGUGAAGAUGCUUUCGAUAUUAAAGGUUUCAUAGAAAGUGCAAAGUGAGUAGAGCUGAACCUGAUUUUGUGCAUCAGCGAAAGUAGUGUUAAGCCAUUUCUUGGCUCGGUUAAUGUUUAUGUUUGUUUUCGAUAUCUCUAACUGCAAGUUUGCAUAGAGUAAUCACAUAAAUAAAUUCUGUAAGCAUUUUGGUGCUUGUUGAUUUUGUUUAACUAGCUAUUAUGGUUGUGGUAAUCUAUAGCUUGUAAUAAACACUGUUAGCCAACUACAAACUUAUGAAAAUGAAAAUCAAAGGAACUGAGAGGGUUGAACUGUUA